AUGGGGUUGGCCACUCUGGAACUUGAGCGGCUUUCGUCUGCGUUAGGAAGCGUGGGGAAACGGAACUGGCUGAGGGGCGACAUGUCACGGAGGAACGAGGAGCGGGCGCAAAGCGCCUGGGCGUCGCGGGAGCGGGCUGCGGCGCAGACGGGCGGGGCGGCCACGGGGCAGGGCGGCGGGGCCGGGGAACGGGUCUCGAGCCCAGUAGAGGAGCAGCACCUACCUCCGGGGGUGGAAAUGGGCCGGAAUGGGCCGGAACACCGUCCCGGAAGUGAAACCCCCCGCCCCCUCCCCCGGAGCGGGCGACGUGCCGGAAGGAAAUCGCUCACCCUUACACCGUCCCCCUCCCCCAGCGCUUUCCGUUCGCGCCCCCUCCCCUCUCAGCAUUUCCUCCCGGGCGAGGAGGAGGGCGGAUCCCAGCGUCACGUGAGCGGUCGUGUCCCCGCCCCAAAUUACGAUGUCGGGCGGGGCCUCGGGAGCGGGCGGGAGGUGGGGCUGGAGGAAGGGAGGUGGCUUAGAGAGGGUGCGGGGCGAAGCAGCGGCGGCGAGGGGCGGGGCGGGCGUUGUGACGUCACGAAGAAGAACGCUCUUAUACUGGAGUUCGGGCGCCAUAUUGGUCUUUCUGUGCUGCGAGUCUGGUCGGGAGUAGAGACGCAGGGUGUCCCCUAAACUGUAUCUACUUGCUUCAGCAUUCCGAAGUAGCUGCAGUGUGGCCCCGGAUGGCAUCUUGCAUGCAGUUACAUGCCAAAGGAAUGAAUGCCAAGGUAA